UCAUUCAGUCCACAGGCUGCAUACAAAAAAAAAGAACAUAGUACAACCCAACAAGGACCAGCGAUGUACUGGUACAUCACUGGACUUUGAAUGGUUAUACCAGGAUGAUGCCUUCAGCUGCAGGCAUCAUCCUGGGAGGUGAUGCCCCCCCCCUCCCGCUGCCUUCCACGUCCUUCUCGGGCAGUCCCGUGCCAUCGGGGGAACCUGAGAAUGCAGCCAGUGUUUCUGCCAGCUGACCAUAGAGCUGAUUGGAGACCAGAAUGGUGCCAAUCAUCUCUAUAGUCUAAGAAUUCGGAAGCUACGAGCAU